AUGCAAACUUAAUCACCUAAUUUCAAGAUUAAAUAAAUGAUUCCUCUUAGUUUCAAUUAGAAAUAUCUUAUAGAAGAUGAACCUGAUGAUGAAAUUUUUGAAUAAACAAAAACAACAAAAAUAUAAUUUAACGAUAGGAUGAUUGUUUGUAGUUAUAAGCCUUGGCAAAAUAUUAACUAAUUUCAAAAAACGAUUUAAAAAUUAAAAGCUUUCAAUGAUAUACAAUGGAUCAAUCCUUCUUUCAGUGAAAGAUCUAAUAAACCUUCUCGAUCAAUUUUAAAAAAUUCAUUUCAAUCUAAACUUGAAUUUUCUUAUGAAAGUUGA